GGGCGCUCUUCCCCGUCCAGUCAGAGGCCGGUAGGCCGAGGCCGGGAGGAAUCAUGGCGGGCGUCGGCGUGGCGCUGGCGGCCACCUUGAUGUUCUGGGUGGGCGGGGGCGAGCCGGAGCCCCAGGGUGAGGAGUGGGCGGAGCCCUGGGCAGGUUCGGUGUUCCAGCCGCUGGCGGCGCUGGGCUCGGUGGGAGUGGCACGAAGCUCGGGGACACCGGCGCCCGACGAAGGCCAAUUACCCGUCUUGUUGUGGUGGAGUCCUGGCUUGUUCCCUCACUUUCCCGCGGACUCGGAGCGCAUCGAAUGUGCGCGCGGCGCGUGCGUAGCCUCCCGGGACCGACGGCGAUGGCGGGAAGGGCGCACACGCGCGCUGCUCUUCUACGGUACCGACUUCCGCGCUUCCGAGGCGCCGCUACCCCGCCUGUCUCAUCAGAGCUGGGCGCUACUACACGAGGAAUCGCCGCUCAACAACUUCCUUCUGAGCCACGCGCCCGGCAUCAGCCUCUUCAACCUCAGCGCCACCUUCAGCCGCCGCUCAGACUAUCCGCUGCCGCUGCAGUGGCUCCCAGGGCUCGCCUACCUGCGCCGCGCCGCGCCUGCGCUCCAUGAGCGUACGGCCUGGCGCCGCCGCGGCUACGCACCUCUCCUAUAUCUGCAAUCCCACUGCGACGUGCCUUCGGAUCGUGACCGCUAUGUGCGCGAGCUCAUGCGCUACAUUCCGGUGGACUCGUACGGCAAAUGCUUGCAGAACCGGGAAUUGCCGGCUAGGCUGCGCGACACGGCCACGGCCACGUCGGAGGAUCCCGAGCUCCUGGCCUUCUUGGCCCGCUACAAGUUCCAUCUGGCCCUGGAGAACGCCAUCUGCGAGGACUACAUGACGGAGAAGCUCUGGCGGCCGCUGCACCUGGGGGCCGUGCCCGUGUAUCGCGGCUCUCCGUCCGUGCGCGACUGGAUGCCUAACGAACGCGCCAUCAUCCUGGUGGAUGACUUUGAGUCGCCGCAGCAGCUGGCCGCCUUCAUCGAUUUUCUGGACCGGAACGACGCCGAGUAUGCCCAAUACCUGGCCUAUAAGCAGCCCGGGGGCAUCACCAACCGGCUCCUUCUGGACAGCUUAGAGCAACGCGAGUGGGGGGUGAACGAUCCCCGGCAGCCCAGCUACCUGGAGGGCUUCGAGUGCUAUGUCUGUGACCACGAGCUGGCCAGGCUGGCCGCCGAAAGGGCCCACGAGGCCGACCCUGGCCACAUCCCACCACCGCCUCCUCGGAUCGCUCAGCACUCCCACAUGGCCUGCCCUGAGCCCAGCCCCGGCUUUGGGCGGCUCGAGGAGAUCCCCGACAACGACAGCUGGAAAGAGAUGUGGCUGCAGGAUUAUUGGCAAGGCCUGGACCAAGGUGAGGCCCUCACCACCAUGAUCCACAACAAUGAGACACAUCAAGGGAAGUUUUGGGAUUACAUGCAUGACAUCUUCCUCCGAAGGAACCAGUAUCUCCAGCCACCUACAUGAGUGCCCUUGGCUGAGGUGGGAAAGGGUCUGGGAGAAGACAGAAUCUUUUCUAUUUUGUGACUUAAAGGGGAAAAAACCACUUCUUCUUGAGAUAGAGAUUCCCAGCACAUCCCCCUCAGAUUCACACUGUCAUGCUAUAUUUAGCACGUAGUUUCCAGAAAAGUCCCUCUACCCUCUCAAGGAAGAAAACAGAACUGUUUAUUCUCUGGCAGACUGGUGAAAGUUGCAGCUGCACCUGAAAGGUGAAAGCUGCAUUUUGACUGGUUUUAUUUAGAGAACAGAUCCCCAGGGUUAAAUGGCCAAGACUACUCAGUCCACCAAACUUUUCAUCUUCUCAGGUCAGAUCUAUGCCAACAGCUCUAAGCCUAAAAUGUUAGAAUUGUAAGGAAUUUUAUAGGCUCCCCCUGCCCUCCGUAGCCAUAUUUAUUUUUUUAAAACAAAUUGAAAAAUUGAAGGUCAGAUGAAAUAAGCGCAAUUUUGGAGUAUAUUAGUGAAAGACUAAAACUGGGUUUUCUGAGCUUCACUUGCGAGUUCCUUUCACAGUAUUACUCUGCUUUAGAUAAUAUAGUGGAGAGAAUCUUCCCAGAGUCUCUGUGACAUUAAGAUAUACAAAGAGGCAGUCAUUCAACCAAAAAAACAAUCAUUUGUUGGCAAUACAUGGCCUUCUGCUUUUGCCUGCUGCUCAGCAAAUUUUUUGUUACAUUUUUGCAUGCUACAAAGUAAUUUUCUUCUCUAAAGAAUCAUGGAAAGGCUAUUACAGAUGCUAUUUUAUACAGAUCUUUUGAAUACCUUACAUUCUAAAGCAUUUUCCAUUCCGAGUGGAUGGGAUGGUUUGGUUUGCUGCUUUCAGGUGAAAAGUUUUGUUGUCUUCUCCCAGCCAUAUGGUAUUAAGAAGUAGAAACAUCUAUUGACAAUGCAUUUAUUCAGGCUAGCUAUUCAGAAUGGAAUAAAGCCAAGGCACCAAGCUAAUGGGGAUGAGAAGACAAGAGAUAGUCACCACAAGUGGCUGGGUAAAUAAAAAGCUAUAGUCAGUCAGCAUUGGAGAUGCAGCCAAACCCACUUAAAUCACUGUGGUUUGUUGUAUGCACAGCCUGACUUCCUCUAGGCAGGAAAAGACCAUAGGCCUUUUCUAGGGCAAUAGAGCAAAUGUGCAUUGAAUCCUAGACACAGACACAAAGAUUUUGUGCAUCUUCAUUGGUGAAUUAUCCUUGUGUUUGAUAGCUUUCAUGCCAUCAGUCUCCCAGUUAUGGUCCCUAUACAUCCACUCACCAGUAUUAUCAAAAUCUUUUCUGAAAUUUGUCUCUCCUUUUGCUAACCUAGCCUAAGUCUUCUAGCACUAACUGUAUUUUGAAGUGAUAAAAAGGAAUUUUCUUUGGUGCUCAGAAAAGUUAUGAGUCUUUAAUACAGAAUGUACUUUACACACAGUGCAUCCAAAAAAAAGCUGUGUAUGCUGUAUUUGGGCAUUCUAUCAGAAAGCUCAAUAAGGAAAAAGAGUCAAAGGAAAUGAAAUAACCAUUAACCAAAGCUUUUACUAGUUUCUCAUUUAAAAUUGGCACUAAUCUGGACAGCACAAAAGAAGUUAAAGGUAGUCCAUACCCUGUGAAUUUGCAACUUUAGAAACAGACAUAUAACAAUAUAGAACAUAUAUAUUAAACAGACAAAAACUAGUUUGAUAUUUACAUUAUGUGCAAUAAUAAAGGAUAGAUGCUUUUUAUUAGAAUAGUGGGGAAGGUGCUAGAUUCAUCCCUACCAUUCUUUCUUAUUAUACAAGUGUGUUACAGCAUACAUGUAUCAAGUGGGUCAAUCAUUAGGGAAUCUUCAUAGCAAUCGAGACAAGAUCUGAUUGCUAGCUUUUUUGUUUUACUCACCUGCUAAUAAUACAUAGGAAAGAAAGUACAGCACUGACCAUUUAUGUGGCCAGUGUAGACAUUGGUGAAAGUGGAGUGGGACAACACUAGUGAGUUCUUGUGAGGGUUUUACUUUCCCUAUGGAGGACCCAGGCCAGUGUGAACUUUAUCCUGUUUUGAGGACUUGAAAUGCUAGUUUAUGUUAUUCUUCCUGAUUUACUAGUUGCCUUCAGCAAUAUAGCAUAAACCUGAUUAAUCUCAGAUUUGGUUCCUGCAGUUAAGAGAUUUACCAGUUAUGUAUCUGCCUUGGAAUCAGUGUCAUUUCAGAUUGCUUUGCAGUGAGUACUACCUUUAUUAUCAUGACUUGUUACUAUUUUAUAUUAUAAUCUCAGGUUUAAUUUUGUAAUAAAAUGCUUUUAUUAUACUUCUCAGGUAUUUUUAUGUGUAUUUUUGGACAGGCAAUCAGGUAUAUUAACGGUAGAAUGGAGAUAGAAGUGAGAAGAGCUUCAAGAUUAUUUUCUUUGCCUAUGGAAAAAAAUAAAUUUUUGUGGCCAGGACAUCACAUAAAUGUGAUUAAUUAAAAAUGUAUUGAUA